AUGAUAAAUGACUCUGGCCCUUGGAGGCUCUUUGAGACAACACGUGAGAUAGGGCAGGCGACUGCCACAACUCUUGUUUCCAGGGCUUAAGCUUGCAGAACAGACGAGGUUGGUGAUUGUCAAGGAGCGAUUUUAAAAAUUAGAUCCUACAAACACGAAACGAGAGAGAGAUAGACAUUUGUUAGUCUUGCCAUUGUUCAAAUGGUUUAGAUAUUGACAGGAGUCUAUGGGUCAUAGGCUCCCGAUAUCGAUCGAGUAAAAGCUUUAUCUGUGAUCAUGUCCAUAAUUUUGACACCCGUGAUGAAACAUUGUUUUAUAAACUCAAUAUUGUCUAAGAUGCCUCCAUUUUGCCCGUUCCUCUCAAUACGCAGGUCUAGUUUAGCCCUCCCUCCUAAGUUUUUGUAGAGGCUCUACUUACCCACGCUUCCCCGACCCCGUCAGGUUUGUCUUUAGGUCAACCGGAAAUCCUGCUGGAAAGUAAUCGGAUAAGUUGCCUAUCCUCGCUGGUGAAGAGACGUUGUUGUUCUUUCUUUUUUCUUCAAAAAGGGUCAUGUUUUUACGCAAAAUAUUCGUUACUUUGGCUGGAGUGUGGGUACUUGUUGCUGCUUCGACCUCCUUCAAGCUAAACUCACUGGGUAUGUUUGAACGUUUUUUUUUUCCAUCAACGUUUGAAAACUUGAGUGCACACUUUAGAAUCUCGUGACUGCGAAUUUUGUACAUAACACGUACACAUCGUAUUUUUCACUUUCACAGGGAACUCGCUAAACACGGAUAGUUGUGAAUGCAGCAAUUUCACAUGUUCUUGCUGUCAGCCGAUCUCUGUUUACCGCUUCACCGAUAUGAGUAAGGAAAAAAAUUGUUUAAUAUAAAAUCAUGGCAGAUGAUAGCCGGAUAUUAGCAGACCAAGAAACCGGAUUACAGCCCCCAUGUGAUGAGCGAUCACGGGAUUUCCACACAAAUAUUGACAAAUAUCUGGUCGGGUACAGGAAUAUGCAUUAUUCAUAGAACGAUAAGCCUGUUAACAGCCUCGAGAGCUCUCUGUUUUCAGGAGCCGAUUAAUCGGCUCUUUAUUGAUAAACACGCGCUGAUCGAGAAAGCAAAUGUGGGGCGUCAGGAGCCGGAGGGGGAAUUCUCGUUUGCACUUCUCCCACCCCUCCCCUCCCCAUUCCUACUUCUUUCGAGCGAGCCUCCGAGCGAAGAAGUCGCGAGAAGUCAGGUGAGAGCAGCGCGUGUUUGGAGCCUAAUUGAUUCACGGGUCACGAAGAAAUUUUUAAGAUUUCAGAUGUAGCAAGACUGAACUGAAAAUAACUAACAGGGCACUUUAUGGCUGCUAAAAAGUGCUUUCGGAGUAGUCUAUAACUAUAAGUACAAUAUGUUGCAAAGAAUUUAGUUAUUAAGGGUUCGUGCGACGUUUCUUUCAAACAACAAGUACGAAGUCUUUGUUUGUUACUUGUUUUUUAAGUUUUUUUUUUCCAAAGUCCAGGUUAAACCUCCGCUCUCCUCCCUCCCCCUAGCUAGACACACGUUUUUUACCGUGAGUUUCGAAGUAAGUACGGGUCGGCAAAUGAAUGUGAAAGAUGUGAUAAUCACCAUGUCACACGAGACUGGGACAAAGAAGAAAUAGUGAGUCCUCCACACGAUUCGAACUGAUAGACUUGGACUCUGGAUUCCAUGCCGCAGAAUCCAGGGAUACUGGAUUCCGGAUUUUUUUGUCAGUGAAACUUGGAUUCUCAAUUCCAGUUGUUACUGAGAUUCCAGAUUCCUUUAGCUGUAUUCCGGAUUCCAAAGCCAAGGAUUCCGGAUUUCAAAAGCAAAAUUUUCCUGGAAUCCGGAAUUCCUUACAUGGGGAGAUUCAAGCAGCGGUCAAUGUUGAUGGCUGCCUCUAUACGCGGAAUAUUCUAAUGUACUAUCGUAAGUUAUGAUGAAAUCUUUUCUAUAGCUGAAUAUUUUUCUUUCAGCGUGUGUGAACAUAUCAAGCGUUGACGCCGUACAAAAUGUAAGGAGAUGUCUUAUAACUAGCUAGGCAUAAUUAUUUCACUGGUAAUCCAGAGUAUUCCAGCAAGGGCCAACACGAUGUUGCAAGCUCAACAUGACGGAAUUAUUCCGCGUCACGGGGCCAAUUAUGUAUGCAGUAAGAACAGUCUUUAGAGAAUGUCGAGUGUUUGGGAGAUCUGACGUUUCGGUAAAUACUCACGGACGUGUUUAUGCUGCUAUUUCUGUUUUAGGACAUUAACUACACACUUUCAUUGGGUGGAAAACUGUACAUCGACAGUACUUAUAAAGGUAUGACCAGUCAUUACUGUCGAAGUUGUUUGUUUUAUGACACUUCAGAUUCGCUCAACCUACUUUGAUUUCUUUGAAUGCACCUACGGGUCACCUCGAUACAGAAUGGUAUCCCUGUGUAUCAAUUGUAUGACAUGCAUCUAUUUCAUUCAACAGAUCAAGAACCAUGGCCGUCCUGUGCAGAAUUUGAUGAACAAGGCAUUGCGUAUGUCUGCGUUAUAUUCUACAACACAACCUUCUCUGCUACCCAGGUCAGCGGUUGUGUGAAGCUGAACGUGUUGGUGGAAACAGAAAUCAUCAUACCACUGAAAUGUUUUACACUGCCAAGACCUAAAGCUAUUGCCAUUGAUGACAAAAGCCAAGCGGUCAUGGCACGAAAGUGACACAGCAAAAACAUCUCAUUGCAUUUUCAGUAGAAUUGAACUGGAUUGCCCCACAACCUCGGACAAAGCCUGUUGAGGCACCUCACAAAAAUCCUUUUUUUUCCUUGUCAUCUUAGCAAAAAUGGAAACCGUCGCCAAAUGAAUGCCCGCGCCCCCC